AUACACAAGGAACGACAUUAAAGUACAACGACAAUGACAGACUAUCAAGUCCAUCAUACUCUGAUUCAAUAGAAACAAUAAUGACACUAAAUAAAUCAACUGAUUUAUCAAUUGAUCCAGCUCCACGUUAUGUUAAUGAUAGAAAAUUUUUAAAUAAUACUCAAAUUAAUUAUCAUGAUAAUAAUAGUAAAAAAAUUAAUGAAAUCAGUGAUAAAAAUCAAAUGAGUAAAUUGAGAUUAAAAGAUUUAAGUAUUUCGGAAAAUUCUUGUUUUUAUCAAGAUGAUAAAAGACAUAAUGACAUUCAGCGUAAUUCAAGUAGUGAUAGUAUCACAACUGGAAAUAAAUGUCAAGUUAUUAGCAAAAAUUAUAAAAAUCCUCAGCAAGAUUUAUCAAGACGAGGUAGUUCAGAUCCUAGACAAACAAAUCGAUAUAUACAAUCUGCCAAAGGGACAUGGUCUUACAAUCUUUAG